UCCAGGCUCAAGAUGGAUCCAUCGAGACUGAUAAAAUCAGUGCAUUGCCGGGACAACCCGACGGUGUCGAUUUCAACCAUUAUUCAGGAUAUGUCACUGUUGAUUCCAAGGCUGGUAGAGCUCUUUUCUACUAUUUUGCCGAGUCCCCCGAGAACUCUUCCACAAAUCCUUUGGUUUUAUGGUUCAAUGGAGGACCGGCAUGUUCUUCGUUAAUCGGAGCGAUGGUGGAAUUAGGCCCUUUUAGAGUAAACAACGACGGCAAGACGCUUUUCCGCAACAACUAUGCAUGGAACAAUGUGGCAAACAUAAUAUUCGUAGAGACUCCAGCCGGAGUAGGCUUUUCGUAUUCGAAUACGACCUCGGAUUAUCAGCGUAUGGGUGACAAAAGUACGGCAAAAGAUGCCUACAAAUUCCUCAUCAACUGGCUUGAGAGGUUCACUCAGUAUAAACCCCGAGAUCUGUACAUUGCCGGUGAGAGUUACGCCGGCCACUAUGUGCCUCAACUUGCGAAAAUUAUUCUUCAUGAAAACAAGAAAUCAAAUCCAACACUAAUUAACCUCAAAGGCAUUGCGGUCGGGAAUGGUUGGAUUGAUGAUCCUACAGAUUAUUUAGGCCAAUAUGAUUAUUUAUGGACACACGCCUUGAAUUCAGAUGAAACCAACAAAGGAAUUCACACCUAUUGUCAUUAUUUCAAUGAUACGGAUCCAGAACAAUGUGCAAACUUCAUCAACAAAUCCCGUAUUGAGCGUGGUAAUAUUGAUCGGUACAACAUUUAUGCCGCACGUUGUCAACUCAAUUCUUCUUCGUCCAUAAAAAUCUCAUCCGAAUCGAUUAACGGUUUCGAUCCAUGCUCGAACCACUAUCUGUUAUCUUAUUUGAAUAGAGCAGACGUUCAGACGGCUCUACAUGCAAAGGUUUCAGCUUGGGAUAUAUGCAACCGCUCGAUGUAUCGUGGCUGGAAUGAUAAAGCUACAACUAUUUUACCCAUCAUCAAGAAUCUCAUGGCAAAUGGCAUCAGAAUUUGGUUAUACAGCGGUGACUUAGAUUCAAUUGUUCCAGUUACAUCGACCAGAUAUGCCAUAAACAAACUCAAGCUUCCCAUCAAGACUGCUUGGCGUCCAUGGUCCAGGGAUGAGGAGGUGGGAGGAUACGUGGUGGAAUACGACGGUCUGACGUUUGUGACGGUGAGAGGCGCCGAUCGUUUAGUCCCGAGCUACCAACCGGCUCGUGCUCUUGCCAUGAUUUCCUCAUUCCUCGGAGGAGCUUUGCCUCCACCAGUACCAAUUCAGAACAAGAGCAGAAGAUGACUAUGUUGAUGCUCGUUUAUAGUUUUUCAACUAA